AUGUUCUCUUGGAUUUUUAUCCCAUUGUUUUUGCAGAUUCCUAAUUUUUUCUGUGUCUUUAUAAGCUAUAAUAUCAGUAAAUGCUAUUACAUAAUUGCUGAAGAUUUUCACCAUAAAGGUGAUGUGGUUAUUGGUGCAUUUUUUCCUAUUCAUACGUACCACACCAUGAACAAAGUUCCACACCCAUAUCUACCAUACUAUUAUAUGGACAAUUACCUACAGUAUAAUUUUAAAAGCUACCAGUAUAUUCUCGCUCUGCUAUUUGCCAUUGAGGAGAUCAAUGGGAACCCCAAUCUUUUGCCCAACAUAUCUCUUGGAUUCGAUUUCUACAAUGUCAGAUUCACUGAGAAGGACACACUUAUGAAUGUUUGUAUGUGGCUCACAGCUCAUAGAGAGAAAUUUAUUUUACCUAAUUACAACUGUGAAAAAAAGUAUUUUACUGCUGCACUCACAGGAACAUCAUGGACCAUAUCUGCACAAAUUGGCACAUUAUUUCAACUCUUUAAAUUUCCACAGCUUUCCUUUGGCCCUUAUGAUCCUAUUUUGAGUGACCGAAAUCAGUAUUCUUUUCUCUACCAGAUAGCCCCCAAGUCCUCAUCUCUUUCACUUGGCAUUGUCUCUUUGAUGGUUCAUUUUAGGUGGUCCUGGGUUGGUCUCAUUCUUCCAGAUGACCACAAAGGAAAUAAAAUUCUAUCAGAUUUCAAAAAUGAGAUGGAGAGAAAAGGAAUCUGCAUAGCUUUUGUGAAAAUGAUCCCUGCCACCUGGUCUUCACAUUUAAACCAAUUCUGGAAAAAUAUAGAUGAAACAAAUGUCAUAAUUAUUUAUGGUGACAUUGAUUCUCUAGAAGGUCUAAUGAGAAAUAUUAGGCAAAGGUUAUUGACAGGGAAAGUCUGGGUCAUGAACAUUGAACCUCAUUUUACUGACUAUGCUGAUUAUUUCUUCUUAGACUCAUUUCAUGGGAGCCUUAUCUUUACAUACCAUUAUUCAGAAAGAUUUGAGUUUACAAAUUUUAUUCAAACAGUUAAUCCCUACAAAUAUCCAGAAGAUAUUUAUCUUCCUAAGUUGUGGCAUUUGUUCUUCAAGUGUUCAUUUUCUGAUAAUGGUUGUCAACUUUUGAACAACUGUCAGUUCAAUGCUUCUUUGGAUGCAUUGCCUCGUCACAUAUUUGAUGAGUCCAUGAGUGAUGAGAGUACCAGCAUAUACAAUGCUGUGUAUGCUGUGGCUCACAGUCUCCAUGAGUUGACACUUCAGCAAGUACAAAUGGAACCAUAUGAAAAUGGGGAAGAAACUUUGUUUUUUCCAUGGCAGCUCAACUCUUUCCUGAAGGACAUUGAAGUGGGAGGCCAAAUGAGAUUAGAUUGGAGACAGGAAGUAAAUGUAAAAUAUGACAUUCUUAACAUUUGGAAUUUACCAAAGGGUCUUGGAAGAAAGGUAAAAAUAGGAUCAUUUUCUCCAAAUGCUCCCCAGGGCCAGCAGUUGUCUUUAACUGAGCAGAUCAUCCAAUGGCCAGAAGAAUUUUCAGAGAUACCCCGGUCUGUGUGCAGUGAGAGUUGUGGGCAUGGAUUCAGGAAAGUAAUCCUGGAGGGCAAUGCUGUCUGCUGCUACAAAUGCACUCCUUGUGCACACAAUGAGAUUUCUAAUAAGACAGAUGAGGAUCAAUGUAUGAAGUGUCCAGACAGUCAUUAUGCAAACACAGAGAAGAACUAUUGCCUCAAGAAAGCUGUAAGCUUUCUGGCCUAUGAAGACCUGUUGGGGAUGAUCCUGGCCAGCAUAGCUUUGUGCUUAUCUGCACUCACAGUCUUUGUUAUUGGCAUCUUUGUGAAAAACAGACACACUCCUAUUGUCAAGGCCAAUAACCAAGCUCUCAGUUACAUUUUGCUCAUCACACUCACCUUCUGUUUUCUUUGUUCUUUGACUUUCAUUGGCCAGCCCAACAAAAACACCUGCAUCCUGCAGCAGACCACAUUUGGAGUUGCAUUCACUGCGGCUCUUGCCACUGUGUUGGCCAAAGCUAUUACUGUGGUUAUUGCAUUCAAGGCCACUUUUCCAGGGAGAAUAGUAAGGUGGCUAAUGAUAUCAAGAGCUCCAAACUACAUCAUUCCAAUCUGCACCUUGAUCCAAGUUGGUUUUUGUGGAACAUGGAUGGCAACCUCUCCUCCAUUCAUCGACCAAGAUGCUCAUACUGAACAUGGACACAUCAUCAUUUUUUGCAACAAGGGCUCAUCUGUUGCCUUCCAUUGUGUCCUCGGAUACCUCUGCUUCUUGGCACUUUGCGGUUACACCGUGGCCUUCUUAUCUAGAACUCUUCCUGAUACAUUCAAUGAAUCCAAAUUUCUGUCAUUCAGCUUGCUGGUGUUCUUUUGUGUCUGGGUCACCUUCCUUCCUGUCUACCAUAGCACUAAGGGGAAAUUCAUGGUUGCUACAGAAAUAUUCUCUAUCUUGGCUUCCAGCACAGCACUUCUUGGCUUCAUAUUUGGUCCUAAGUGUUACAUUGUCUUGUUGAGACCAGAUGAGAAUACAUUUAAUUAUAUCAGAAACAAAAUACACUCUAGAAAAAACAAGUCUCAGAAAACAUAG